AUGUCUGGCUCCCCUGGGAGCAGUCAGGACCCCUGCAAAGAGCAUGUGUCACAUGACACCACAGCCACCAACGCCAUCAACAAGCUCUCCAACAAAUCGAGAGCGAGAGAGAGAGUAAAGAACAUAUUACACCCCACAACAUGGCUGAGUGAAAACAGGGUCACACCAGUACAUCUGCCUAAAGGACGCACUCGCAGACUGUAUUUCACGCUAAAGAAGAAAGACGAUUUGCUGUCCGUUACUGUGAGCCCCUGUGCAGUGCCCAUCGAAUGGAGCUUGGCUGUUCGGACCCUGAAGGAUAAACCGCCUAAGAAAGCACACUGGAGCUCGAAGAAGAGCAUGCCAGAGGUUUGGUGGAGAGGUUCUGGAAGAGAGGUUAGGAUUUACACGUACACCGGCAAUGCUGUAGACACCUACACCGGUCCUGCCUACGCUCCGGCGUCCAUCUACAUCCUGCGCCUGAAAUCAAACGAACAGGACACGCAGGUGUCGGCGUACCUCCACGAAGGUCCUGGUCCCUCGGGGGCUUUCCCGGAGCUGCCGUCGGACCCCAGAGUGCACACUCUGGGUGUAGGCAUGACCAGUGUCACCUUAAACUGGGCUCCGAGUUCAUCCGUAGUUGUUAAAGAUGGUCACCGGCCACAUCACGAAUAUUGCAUCUUAGUCAACCACAAACACAACUAUAGAAGUCUUUGCUCUGCUCGUGAGGGAAUCCGAAAGGAGAUACAGAGUGUGCAGAAGAGACAGAGGAGGGACAAACAAAGCAAGGAGAUUGUGUGGGCAACGCUUAAAGACUGGUGGUGGCGGCAGCCGGAUGCCCUCGAGAAUCGUGAAUCUUCCACGACUGACAAGUUUGAGGACCCUGGAUGUGUGUGCAGGGACAUCGAAAGCGUGUGCACGGUUUCAGACCUGCUUCCGGAUACGCAGUAUUACUUUGACGUCUUCGUAGUGGACAGGGUUAACGGCACAAGUGCGGCCUACACUGGCACUUUCGCCCGCACGCACGAGGAGGCUCGUCCUGCUGUCACAUACUUACGGGAAGGCCAGGUCAAAUGGGUCACCCUGAGUAAGGAUGCAAGCAGUCUUCAGGGGGAUCAGUUCCAAUUUAAACCUCGUGGGUGGCAACAAAAUGGCCUCCUUACCUUGCACACCUGCAACAGCACUAGUAAAGUCAAGGUCACCGUCUCCAGUAAAGGACGGACUUUGACGUCUCAAGAGGUGGGACAUCAGCUUGCCCAGAUAUGGUUGCACGGUGCCCCAUCGUACCUCAUCCAGCUCCAGGCCUUGGCUCCAGGUUCCUCAUCGACGAUCCCUAAAGGCGAUUCCAGCAAGUCCAAGUUCUGGCUCAAAAUGCAAGCGUCAUCAGCGUACCACCGCCGAGCCGUGCCGGUGUUUCCCGCCACACUACAGAUUAAGUCUUUCAACAAGUUGCGGACAUGCAACUCCGUCACUCUGGCCUGGAUGGGGACCGAAGAGCGGAGUCUCUAUUGCGUUUAUCGGAGGCAGAUCCCACUUGACAGCAAGCACACCUCGACGGAUCAUUGCAUCGACCCAGAAUCCCGUCCUGCAAACGAGAGAGUCCUCUGUAAGUAUUUCCAGGAGUUGAACCCACGUCGGGCGGUCACAACAGCGGUGAUCGGUGAACUGGAACCAGGGAUGCUAUAUGUGUUUGACGUUUAUCUUAUGAGACGCUGGGGACUUCCAAUUAAGUACCACAGCAAGACGGUGAGAACCAGAAGUGAAUGUUGAGUGGACAUCUCAGAAUCUUGCUUUCAGUGGAGAAGGACUCAAAUGGAGAGACAUUACGCCACAGGGAAGCCAUUGUAAGGCCAGAGAGGGAACUAUGGGGGGCCUUGAUCUGGUGCAGUGGAGGUCAAACGUGACCAUUGAAAGACACAAACACACAUAAUUAUGCCAACACAGAGACACACAAAAUACCAAGAGAGGUGAGACCAAGCUCACACCAGCAAAAAUUAAUUUACUUUACGAUACUGCCGUAUUAAUGUUUGUGUUGUUGUUGUUGUGUGAUGCCGUCUCUGUUGUUAAUUAUUAGAGUGUCUGAAUAACAGAAACUCUCUCGUCUCUUACACAAAAGAGGACCGUGCCAAAAUAUGCAAGAGAAACAGCCGGAGGGCUUUGAGCACCAGUGCUAACCAGAGCUGUAUCAGAUCUCUUAAUCUGCCACCAGUAUCAGAGAAAGACACCAAGCGAGGGAGAGCCGAGAGAGAGCGAAAGAGCCGUGUGAAGUCAGUGUGUUGAUUAUGCUCUGCUAAAGCAUGCAGCAGGGAAAAACGAGUUAGCCGUUCGCUUCGUUGUCUGUGAUGUGAUCGUUGUGCUGCGCUUCUGCGCACUAAUAAAACAGUUACCA